AGGCCAGCCCUCGGCCGGGACGGGGCGGCGGCCCGCCCGCCGCGCGCGCCCGCGCGAUGACCACCGCGCGCAUGGACCAGGCGAGGUGGCGCGCGGCGGUGCUCGCGGACUGGCGCGCGCUGGCCGUGGCGCCGCUGGAGCUGCGGGCCGACCGCGAGGUCAUGCUCAGCGUGGUGCGGCAGAAGGGAACCCUGAUGGCCGAGGUGCAGGGGCCGCUCGCCCUGGACCGGCAGCUGGCGCUGGCCGCGAUGUGCCAGGACCCGACGGCCUACCACUGCCUCGCGCCGGAGCUCCAGGCCGACGAGGGCCUGCUCUUGGACGCGGCGAGGAAGAACCUGGAAAUCCUGGUGGAGGCUCCGCAGCACCUCCGCGAGAGCAAGGUCUUCAUGCUGCAGG